AUGGGUCAAACCGCUAGCACAAUGACCCGGCUAACGCCCGGCGUCGUGCUUGGCCAUCCUGAGGUUCAGGGGAAAUGGCCUAGGGACCCUGAACAGCUUGCUGUUAACGGCAUUGACAGCGGUGUAUUCAUCAACGAACUAGCCAAUAUUGAACUUUUGCCGAGGAGUCUCAAAUUAUUGAGUGACGGGGAGAAGAAGUCGUUUGGUCAAAACCCCGAGAAUCUACAUUGGAAAGCCCAUGAACAAGGGCCGUCUCCCAUCCGCGAAGGAACAUAUCGUGGGACCAAGCUAGCGCUCACCAAAGCUUAUGAUCUAAUAGAGCAGCGCUUUAUGUCCUUCAUGGAUGUCGCCAAUUUUGAACCUUUAGUUCCAUCGCCUCUGUCCAGAGAAGAGAAACAGAAGUUCUUUGCUUUUACAAAUGGCUCAGACGGUUAUCCACCCCAUCUAAACCUUGCUGGUAAUAUACCAGCAGCAGAGGAGGAGAAAAACAAGACCCAGAGAUCAACACUCCAGCCAUCUGAUAUAUUUAACAAGAUGCGCCUGCUUCAGUUAAGCUCUCUCUUACCUAGUGUUGUGCCAAAUCAAUACAUUAGAGAGGCUGCCAAGAUAGCAGCAUGGGCUUGGUUUGGCUCUAUGGGCACACCCGAUGCAGGGACCAAACUCGCAGAUGUGGAGUCGUAUAACAGGAAAGCUCGCGGAUCCACACACCGUGAAGAUAUCUUUGAUCUCCCCAACGUGGGUGAUUUGGAGGAUUGGUACAGCGAUAACCGAUUUUGCCAGCAGCAGUUUACAGGGGCUAAUCCUACAACCAUUGAGCUGGCUUCGGAUCGUUGGAUACAACACUUCAUUCAAGCCGCAAAUGCACCGGAGGAUUCAGAAGCUAAGCAGAACAUCACUGAUCUCAAGGACAACUGCCGUGAGUCAUUAUACAUGCAGGAUUACAGCUACUUCCGCGAGGCUGUUGGGUUGGAUCCGAGUGCUGUCAUCAAGAGUGCGUUUGAGGAUCCAGGUGAGAAAGUCAAAGGCGAAAAAAGCUAUCGUUAUGGCUGCGCAUCGGUCUGUCUUUUUUAUCUUAAUGACAAAGGCCAACUGUACCCACUGGCUAUUGUUGUUGACUGGCGGGGAACUGCGGACAGAUCUGUGACGAUCUACAACCGUGAACUCAUGAAACGGAAAGACCUCCGAUCGGGAAGCGAGAAGAGUUGGCAAAGUGAGAACAUGAUCGAUGAAUCCCAUGACUGGCCGUGGAGAUAUGCAAAAACCUGCGUGCAAUGCAGCGACUGGCUUCGACAUGAAGUAACUGUGCACCUCACCAACACGCACCUAAUCGAAGAGGCCACAAUUGUCGCGGCUAACAGGCAACUCGACCCGAACCACCCCGUGAUGAGGUUGCUCUAUCCACACUGGCAGAAGACCCUGGCGAUCAAUGCGGCAGCCCGGAACACUCUAGUUCCCCAUAUCAUUGUUGAGUUGAUUGGGCUCAAACAAACAGAGGCGUAUAGGUUUAUCCGACACGCAUAUAAGACAUUCGACUUUAAGCAACGCUACGUGCCGGCAGACCUCAGCCAACGUGGGUUCCCUCCGGAACAACUCGACAGUCCAAAGUUUCACAACUACGCCUAUGCCAGAUGUAUCAACAGCAUGUGGCACAAGAUUAGGAGCUACGUCCAAGAGAUGCUCACCUUAGACUACCCACAGCCUGAUGCCGAUCAUAAGGUCCUUCAUGACGAACGCAUUCAGGCCUGGUCUGCAGAGAUGCGAAGUCCCAGCGGUGCAGAUCUACCAUCCUUCCCAACCAUUAGCACGUUCGCGGAGCUAGUUGAUUGUGUUACAAUGUGCAUACAUAUUGCUUCCCCUCAACACACGGCGGUCAACUAUCUACAAAACUACUACCAGUCGUUCGUUGUCAACAAACCUCCCUGUCUCUACACCGAGCUCCCAUCAUCUCUGAAUGACCUGCUCGGCUACACCGAAAAAGACCUUGUUGAGGCCCUGCCUAUGAAUCGUACUCGGGAUUGGCUUCUUGCGUCCCAUACACCAUACCUGCUGAGCUAUAAACCCGGCAAUAAAGAGAGCCUGAUUGUCUACGCUGCUUCGAAGUUCCGGGUUUACCGCCACAAGCCAUCAGAGGAGGACCAGGCCAUUGCAAGAAUCACCGGAAAAUUCUAUACAGCACUUGCUGAUAGCGAAGAGGAGUUCAAGGGAUACGGGCAAGCCACGGAUGAUUGGGACACCAUCCCGUAUGAGGUCCUGAGCCCAGAGUGGAAUGCAGUCUCAAUUUUGAUUUAG